GUCAAAAAAUUUAACACACCAGCAGUGUGAAGAGACCUGAAAGUGGCACAUGGCAGCAGAGUGUGUGGCGAUGGAGACAGCAGCAAUGGGAGGCCGUACAGGGACCCAUGAGAGACUCUGGACCUGGCAGCAGCAGGAGGAGGCGGUAUAUAGGGGCCCAUGGCAGAUUAGGGGCCUGGCAGCAGCUAUGUGAGGCCCGUAAUCUGCCUGCACCCUAUGUCAAAAAAUUUAACACACACCAGCAGUGUGAAGAGACCUGAAAGUGGCACAUGGCAGCAGAGUGUGGCGAUGGAGACAGCAGCAAUGGGAGGCCGUACAGGGACCCAUGACAGGACUCUGGACUUGGCAGCAGCAUGA